UAUUUCGUAUAGGCUUCGCCCUCUAAGGCUGUCGCUAUUGCGUUAGAGGCGAAGCAGGAUGUGUCAACGCCUCACUGGCCCAUAUGGUACCACCAAGCACAACUCACCUGCCCAGAGCCAUGAGCCACCCUGUCACCCGCUGACCGCGGAAUUGGUGGCGGCGUGUGCGCGAGCACCGAUGGCGCCAACCCAUGCGUAAGUAGAUAAACUUUGGGCGGGCGCAGCUGUACAGACGCAGGCGGGGUCACGACAGCAACCACAUCAGCUGCGCACAAGGCAGGGCCACGUAAGCAGCGGCCGCCCCCCCACACCGUCCCGUGGAAGAGGGCGCACCGCACACUCACAAGGAGAAUCAUUCAGCCAAAACACUCAGUACAUCCCGCAGGUAGAAACGGACGAAAGCGCAUGGGGACAACCAGGAGGCCGCCGUGCAGAUGCAAACACGUGAGCCUGGGAAAUGGCAUCGCACAGCCAGUGAGACAGGCGCUGCGCCAACAGGGGAAGUCCCUUGGACCGCUCCCUGUAGUGCACAAACAGACACUGCGAACGGCGCCAAUGACAAUUUUCCAUUUGCUCUCCUGGAUCCGCCAUUCAAUGUGUCUUUACAACAAAAUGGCCAAGUAGGGCAACUGCAGGUCUCAUGGCACACAGAUGUCUCAAAAUACAUGAAAGGCAAUGUGAUGUAUAGGAUUCGUUACUCCUCCAAGGGGCUGGGAGAGAAGACAAAAGAUGAGGCAAAGGAGGGUGACGUACUAGUCUCUCUGGUACCAGGGGAAGAGGUUGAGGUCCAGGUCACUGUCAAAUGUGCCCCUAAUACAAAUGCAGGACACUGGAGCAGCUGGUCACACCCUGUACGAGCCAUGGUUCCCCAAAUGGCAGGUGAUGUUUCACUCGUGUGCUACACUUCUGACAUGCAAAAUAUCACAUGUCAGUGGAAUACGAGCAGAUAUGGUGAAAAGAAAGAGUACAAACUUUUCUACCAGAUGAGUCUCAGUGAAGCUUUGGGCUGGACAGACUGGACUGAGUGUCAUGCUGACAGGAAAUUGACUGAGCUGUGCCGUUUCCGUGGAGAUGAGUCCAGAAAAGUCAGGAUCAAGCUCAGCGGCACUCCAUCUCCACUCAGCAGAACCUUCUAUAUUCAAAAGUUCACACUCAACAACAGCAUCAAAACAUCCCCACCAAGUCAUCUGAGAGGAGCACUGGAGAAAGAUAAGUUGUGCUUGAAAUGGGACGUUCCUCUUCAGUCUCUGUCAGAUCACCUGCAGUAUGAAGUUGACUACCAGAUCAGAGGGGGUGAAGCAAGGAUGAGGGUAUCCCCAAAUAGACCUUGUCUAGAGGUUCCAAUAGGUGGCCGGUACAGUGUUAAAUUACGAGCUAAACCUAAUGGAUCCAUUUACUCAGGCGACUGGAGUGACUGGUCAGAUGUGCUUACUGGUGACCCCCCCACAAACAUAGGCACUUUACUCAUGCUGUGUAUCCCUGUCCUGCUGCUGAUAACUGCUAUAAUCCUCCUCUCUUUAAUUUACACUCAUCUCAGUAAGCUUAAACAGUAUUUUUGGCCGCCGGUUCCCAACCUUGACAAAGUCCUGCAAGGCUUUCUAAAAGAGAUCAACGGGCAGAGAUGGAAUCCUCCGAUAAUGGCAAAGCAGUGCUCUGAGGAAACCACUUCAUCUGUGGUGGAGGUGAUGUCAGAAGAGGUUUCUGGAUUGGGGAAGCCAUCAGAGGAAUUCACAGAGUUCCUGUUGCCAGAAAGUGGCUUCUCCAGCAAUGAACAUGUAGAUGGAAGUCCUGGGACUGAAGUCUUUCCGGACUAUGUGACUCUGAGCAAAGACAGUGUUAUUGUUUGCCCAAAUGGAAACUAUGUCUGCAAGCAGGUUGGAGAGAAAGAAGGCCCAGAGGUAAGAAAUGAGCUCCUCCAAAAAUGUCACUCUUCCUGCACUAAUGGCUCAGUUUUCACCCCACUCUGCUUAGGCACUGACUUUCUUAACCAUUCCUACUUUCCUCUGGCUGAGCCUGCAGACAAAUUCAACUGCAAGGUCACUGCUGCAAGGAGGCCAGGCAACCUCUAUACCAAUUUCCCCAGUAGCUAAAUGUACGGUAUAACAAGUGUACUUUGUUUCUACUGGUGCAGAUUUGUUGUAUAAUAUGCACAUUCUUAUUGACAUAAGAACUCACUGUAAAUUGAUACAGAUCUACAUGUCUACAAAGUUUACUGCAUGAGUAGCAAUUGGCUGUAUAACAAGGCCUUUAAGAGGAAUAAUGCACCCUGAGGCAUACACAGUAUAAUGUGGGUUAGUUUUGAUCAUGGCAUUCUCUUUCAUAAUUUGUGUUGGAUCAAGCUUUUUGGUUCAAAUGGUGUUGAAGAUAUUUAGGCAAUGUAUAUAUUAAUUUUAUAUUUGUAAUUGUAUAUAAAGGUUUCUUCUGCAUCAGGGCUGACAGUUUAUCUACACCGCUGUAUCUUUCUGUGUCCACUAGAGGGAACAGUAGAUCACAAGAUACUUUAAGAGACUGCAAGACCCCACUCAGUGGCUUUGGUGGCCAAGAAGACUGUUUUGUAUAGUACCACAUGCCAAUAAUUAGUUCUUUUCAGAGUACUAUGCUUAGAGUACCUUGGAUAAAAAAAGUGAAAAUAGAAGAAAGACAAUUUGAAAAAAUAGGUGCAAAAAGGGACUGGGGCUAUUACUAUUAACUUAACACAAUGUUUCAGAUUGAGUUUGUACAUUUUUUUUAAAUUUAAGAUUUGAAUAUAAGGUCUUGAAUUUUGUUUUCUUACUAUUCUAAAUGACCUGUAUCUGUUUUUUUGGACCUGUCCGACUGCCUUGCCAUUGUUUGUUAUUGUUGUUAAGUACUUAUUAACUCAUUUAAAUAGUGAACAUUUUUCUUUUGUAUUUUGUGGAAGUUCCUCAGAAUCCUACUUGAGGUUGCUGAUGACAUGAAAUUCAUUAUGUUCAUUAUGUCAUAACUUGAGGGUUUGUAUUUUUGGCAAUAAACCUUGAAAUGCUGUUUUAUUGUGAAGUCAAACCAUAACAACUUUGUGAGCAGUAGCUGUUUUUGCCUUCAACUAAACAGCCACUGCACUGUAGUAUGCCUAUACAAAGAUUUUUUGUCUGUCUUAUAUUGUUGGUGUCACUAGGUGGUAGCAAAGAUCAUCAGGCAGAGAUGGGUUGUCUUUGUGUUCUCACUGAGAGAAAAAGGUUUUUGGCCUAGGUUCACAUUUGUAUUUUUUUUAUCUCCUGAUGAUGCCUCAUGGUCUAUACCAACCUUGUCUUUGAGGGUUAUACCUGUAAACAUAUUGUCAAGAGUUGAGAUGAAUUUAAAUGAAAUGGAUAAUCAUGAAAUGACAGCUAAAUUAAAUGUAAAAAAGCACACCACA